AAUAAAUUUAAUAUCUCAUCAUGCAUACAAAACAAAGAAGUGUAGGCUAAUUGUUCUUCAGAAGUGUGUUCAAUAGUUCCCAUGGUCUUUUAAAGUAAAGAAUGAGAGAUCUUGUGCCAGUAAAAUAAGCUUUGCUCCGUGAUGCUAGAAAGAAAUACGGAUCUAAGGAGAUCUGUAAAGUGACCGUAGAUCAAGCAAUAGGAGGUAUGAGAAAUGUGUUUGCUAUGUUCUAUGAUGCAUCUUUGUUGGAUGCUAAGACUGUAAUGAUUUAAGUUUAAAAGUUCUUAGGGUAUAACAAUGAGAGACUACAAUAUCCCUGAAUUGUAGGAGUACCUUUAAAAAGCAGAAAAUGGUCAUGAACCUCUUCCUGAAGCUUUAUUCUGGUUGUUAUGCACAGGAGAUUUCCCAUGUAAAUAUAUAUAGAUUAAUAUGUUUAGCCGAACAAGAAUUUGCUGAUGUUCAAUAAGAAUGGAAAUAGAGAGGGUAAUUAGAUUCUUAAACCCAACAAUUUAUUCUGAAUUUACCAAAACAAGCUCAUCCAAUGACAAUGUUAUCUCAAACUUUAUUGUAUCUAUAAAAAGAUUCCCUUUUCUAAUAAGGCUAUGAUUAAGGAAAGAUCUCUAAGCCUUAAUAUUGGGAAUACUUCUAUGAAGAUGCUAUGAAUUUGUUAGCCAAGUUACCAAGAGUGGCUGCAAUGAUUUAUAGACAUAAAUAUAAGGUAUAAAUGUAUUUGUUAUAAAAUAGAAUGGUGAAAUAAUCUCAGCUGAUGAAAAUUUAGAUUGGGCAGGUAAUUAUGCACACAUGCUUGGAUAUAAUAAAUUUGAAGUUCGAGAAUGUUUAAGAGGUUAUCUUAGCAUUCAUGCUGACCAUGAAGGAGGUAAUGUAAGUGCUCAUACAACACAUUUGGUUGGUUCAGCAUUAGCAGAUCCAUAUUUAUCAUAUUCUGCUGGUGUUAAUGGUUUAGCUGGUCCAUUACAUGGUCUUGCUAAUUAAGAAGUACUUAAAUGGUUAUUAGAAAUGAGAGUAUAUCUAAUAUCAUAUUUUUAUAGGAAGAAUUAGGUGAUAAUAUAUCUAAUGAAAAAAUAUAAGAUUAUGUUCUUACUACCAUUAGAGAAGGUAGAGUUAUACCAGGAUAUGGACAUGCAGUACUUAGAUAUACUGAUCCACGUUUUAUCCAUUAAAAAGAAUUUGCUGCUAGACACAUUAAGGAUGAUCCUCUCGUUAAUUUAACUGCUUAAUGUUACCAUGUUAUUCCACCUGUUUUAAAAACUAUUGGAAAAAUCUAAAAUCCAUGGCCGUAUUAUAAAAUUUUAUUAUCAUUUUAGAAAUGUUGAUGCUCAUUCAGGAGUCCUUCUAUAUCACUAUGGAAUGAGAGAAUUCUAAUAUUAUACUGUAGUCUUUGCUGUUUCAAGAGCUUUAGGAUGUAUGGCUAAUCUCAUUUGGUCAAGAGCAUUUGGUUUACCUAUUGAAAGACCAGGAUCCAUCACUCUAAAAUGGAUUGAAGAAAAAUAUGGGGACAAUUAAAAUCUUAAAUGAGAACCAUAUCAUUAUUAAUAUCAUAUUAUUACACAC